GCGCCCGCCCCAGAGCCGCUUCCCCGCCGCGCCGCUCCGCACCGGCGGCCGCCCCGGAGCCGCUGCCCUCACCAUGAACAGAGGCUUCUCCAAGAAGAGUCACCCUUUCCUGCCUAAAAUAUUUAGAAAAAUGUCUACUCAAUCUGCGAAAGAGAGACCUGAGAGUUUGCAUUUCCCAUUCCUGGACGAUGAAGACACCAUCUCCACGCUGAAAGAAUCCAAAACCUUUUUCAUCCUCCGGGGCCUGCCUGGCAGCGGGAAAUCCACCCUGGCCCAGGCCAUCCACGAUCGCUACAAAGACGCCUGCAAGGUCAUCUCUGUCGAUCACUACAAAAUCACACCGUUAAUCAGGAGCUCCAUUCCUGAAGAGUACUCCAAGGUGGAUGAGGAUCUAGUUGACUAUUGCAAACGGGAGAUCAGCGUCAUUGUUUUGGACGACACCCACCACGAGCGGGAGCGGCUGGAGCAGCUCUUUGACAUUGCUGACAAGUAUCGCUACAAAGUCAUCUUUGCCGAGCCCAAAACCCCCUGGCGCUUGGAUUGCCCCCAGCUCAAGGACAAGAACCAGUGGAAACUGUCUGUGGAAGAGCUGAAGAAGAUGAAGCCAAGCUUAGAGAAGGAAUUCCUGCCCAUGUAUUUUGGGUGGUUUUUGAGCAAAAGAAGUUCGGAGAUCCUGAGGAAGGCUGGCCAGGCAUUCUUGGAUGAGCUUGGGAGUCUCAAAGCCUUCAAAAAGGAGAGUAAAUACUUUCCUUCUGCUAUCGAAGAUCCCAAAAUAAAAACAGAUCUCACCAGCUACUUUGUGAAGAGGCCACCUGGGGUCCUGCACUGCACCACGAAAUACACUGAGUUUGGAAAAGCAGCUGGAGCCGAGGAAUACGCGCAGCAGGAAGCUGUGAAGGCUUCCUAUGGCAAAGGCUUCACCCUGUCCAUCUCUGCCCUGUUCAUCACCACAAAGACUGUCGGGGCUCGCAUCGAGCUGAGCGAGCAGCAGCUGCUGCUGUGGCCGGGGGAUGCUGACAAGAUCCUGCCCACGGACAACCUGCCCCGGGGCAGCCGUGCCCACAUCACCCUGGGCUGCGCCAACGGCGUCGAGGCCGUCCAGACCGGGCUCGACCUGCUGGAGUUUGUCAAGCUGGAAAAGGCAGGGAACAAAGGGGAGCAAGUGGGGGAAAUUGGAGGAGGGAAACUGCUGUAUUUUGAUAAUGGGAUGUGGAUGCUUGUGCUGUUGAAGAAGAUUGAUGUGAGGGCGAUAUUCUCGGGGUACUACGGGAAGGGAAAGCUCGUGCCAACGCAGAGCACCAACAAACGGGGUGCUGCCUUCAGCUCCUGCACCAUCAUCUAGGAGCACGGGCAGGGCAGCUCCUCGGUUUGUUUUUAAAAGGCAAGUAAUCCUGUAACCUUAAAAGUGUAAAGAGAAAUAAUUUCUACCUUUACUAAAGUCAACCCUCCUGCCCACCCCAGCGUGAAGCCUGUGGGGAGUUAUCGGCCUCAGGAAAGGAAGAAAACAAGCAACUCCUGACUGCAACUGUCUCGGAUUUUAAUGUGAGUUUUGGAGGGAACCUGCUGGGGUGUCCUGCUUGUUUUCUUCCUUGGAGAAAGAUCAGCUCUGGGGCUUCUAUUGCUUCCCUCUGAACCACAAUCGUUCGAUCUUUACCUGCUGGCACUGACCAAAGCCUGGCAGUCGCUGGUCUGGAGCCAAGGGAACUGCAGGAUGUCCCUCCCCUCCCACACCCUGGGGCUGGCACUGGCCAUUCUGGCAGCUGAUCACAGGGUCAGAACCAGUGAGACCUGGGCAUGGGUCACUCCUGUCAGGAGUCCUGCCCUUACCAAGGGUUUGGCCCUAAGGACAGACCUUGCUGAGGGCAGCGGGUCCUGGCAGCCCUAAUCACAGCUGCCCCCAGUGGGCUCCAUCCCAGCUCCUGGGAUGCUCUGGGGACAGCCAGGAGGAGGGCACCGUGCCAGGUGAUGCCUUAAAGACACCAACUUUGGGGAAAUCAAGUGAAACACCAGGACAGGGAGCCAAUUCCUGCAAAGCAGCUCCAGCCAUUUCCCUCCACCUGGGCUGGACCGAGCACCAUCCCCUGUCCUGUAGGGAACAAUCCUGCCUUGGCAGGGAGUGGAAGAGAUGAACUAACAUCUUUUCCAUCUUAUUUGAUAAGAAACUAAAAUCAUGUCUGAAGUACACAACUGGACUUCAUGCAAGAUUUUACUCCUUUCCUCUAAUGCACUUGAAUGUUAAGAGUUAGGCUGGAGUAACCCCGUAGUGUAGGAAGUGGAGGCACCGUAACCUUGUAACUCAUGUCUGCUCGAACCUAAACCCCAGCUGGAAGUUACUGACCCAGCACUUGUGUCAUUAAAUGUGUUCUAUUGAAACCUGGGUUUGUGCUCUGGCAGGCCCUGGCCCAGCAGGGCCGUGGCUCCUGGGCAUUGUUUAACACAAAGCUCCACUAACAGCCCCAGGGACGCUCCCAGCAGAGUGAAUUAACCCAACUAACCCUGUAAAUACUGACUGUGUUUGAGGCCUGGGCGCAGCUCACCCUGAGUCCAAUGUUGCUGGGGCAAGGAGCAUUUCUCUCUGAUUGUUGAGGCCAAAAGCAGGGAGAGCUUUGGUGCUUUUCUGCUACCAAACACUCUGCCGUGAAAGCAAAAUACUUCCUGCUGAUCAGAAGCAAAGGAUAAGAAUAAAUUCUCGUUCUACCAUAAAAUAGUGAGCUAUAAACCCACCCAGAGCACCUGUGACCCUUCAUAGAGAAAUCCCUCUAACCUUCCACACUGGCAGCAGCCGAGUGCCCAACACUCAGCUGACAGAACCUUAAGGGUUUGUUCCACCAAAGCUCUACAAGGGAUUUGCCAGCACCUGCUCAGGGGCUGGCUGAGCCCACACCCCCAGUGCCCAGAUCACUCCAGCACCAGAAUACACAGCUGGAAUCUCUCCUUCAUCUGCCUGUUCAAGAACAACAGUGACAUUGUCGUCGUUUGAGUUUUUAUUAGUUUGUACAUCAUAUACAGUUUAUAAUAAAGUAAAACCGAUUGCA